AUGACAUCCGCAAAUUUCGUCUCUCAAUUUGAGCUUGGUAAUGAUUCUUUUUCAUAUGAAAGAAACCAUGAACAUUUCGACGCGUCCAAAGAAGACACAAAAAAUGCAUACACCGACAACCCGAAUCUGAGGAUUUCUAUAAAUUCUCAAGUUUUACGAGAUGGAAAGAUAGUUGAAUUAAACGCUAUUGAACUAUCCGGCGUUCGAUAUAUUGAAUUGCAAUAUGGUGAACACGUUGCUCUCCGUCGUUGUUCUGAUUCACACUUUAAUAUAUCCCAAAUCCUCCGCCUUGCUGGAACGAACAGUCUUGAAAAUGCAGCGGAGUUGGAUGAAAUUAUCGAGAACGGUGAAUAUGAGAACGUCGACAUCAAAGACCCUCAUGUUGACGGUGUUUGGGUUCCUUUUGGAAAAGCAGUCUCUACAGCAAAAAAGUAUGGUGUUUACGAUAUGCUGCAGUCUUUAAUUUCAUUUAAUUUGGAUUUGUUUCCAAAGUCGGCAAAAAACUCAGAACAUCCUGAAAAGGAAACUCAGGCGGCGUAUCUUUCCAACCGUUUACCAUUAAGGAAUCACAACCAUAAUAAUUUAUCGAAAGUCGGGAAACCUUCUAUUUCCUCUAAUAAUGCUGGAACCCUCUCGUCACCUUCAUUUUUAAAUAAGCAAGAGCAAAAAAUUGGAAAACGCUCAAAUAUGUACCUUUUGGACUCUUCUUCUAUCACUACUCCUGAAAAUGGUUCGAAGCGACACAAGCUGCAUUCACCUGACAAUUCGUACCCUGCACCUUUCCCUUCUGCAUACGUCCCUUCUACCCAACAAGAAAUGCAUCUUAAAAAGGAAAAGCUUGAAUUUUCGAUAUCAUUUUCCACAUUGACGGCUAGCCUGCCACCCCUUGAUCAGAACGUUAUGCACGAUUAUAAUACUUCAAAAGAUGUCUUAACCUCAAUAUUCUUAGACCUAAAUAACUCGGAUAUUAAAUUUGUUGAAUCGAAGUUGACAGAUCUUUUGGACUUAGACGUUCCUAUUGACGAAUUAGGGCAUGCUGCUCUGCACUGGGCGGCUGCCCUUGCGAAGAUGCCACUGUUAAAUGUCUUGAUCAGUAGAAAAGCAAAUUCAUUGAGGGGAAAUUUAACGGGAGAAACUGCUUUAAUGAGAUCUGUCAUGGUUACCAAUCAUUUAAACCAGUCAUCUUUUCAUGAAUUGCUUAAUUUACUCUACCCUUCCCUAAACUGCAUCGAUCAUGCAGGCCGUACAGUCGUCCACCACAUAUGUUUGACGGCCGGAAUCAAGGGCAGAGGUUCCGCAGCCAGAUACUAUUUGGAGACGCUUUUGAAAUGGGCUGAUGCUCAUGCCGCUCCAAGCAAUGGCUACACAAAUGAAGAAUUUAUAAAAAAAUAUUUAAACUACCAAGACAAAAAUGGUGAUACGGCUGUUAAUAUAGCAGCUCGUAUCGGAAAUAAAACUGUCGUGGAUAUAUUGCUACAAGCAGGUGCUUCUAAAAGCAUACCUAAUCGAGCAGGUUUAACAGUUUAUGAUUUUGGAAUUUUUGGUGACGAUGAGACUAAGGAUGUUAAGGAAACUGUCAAUGUUUCCACUACUAGUAUAGAAAAAGAAAAGAUUGUGAUGCCUGCUCAGCAGAAAAGUAAAGAUAUUAUUACCUCGGUUACGGAUGUUAUUACAUCUUUGGAUAAAGACUUUCAGGAUGAAAUGGCCGCGAAGCAAUCCAUGAUCGAUAACACAUACACGCAAUUGAGAGAAUCUACAAAAAAAUUAGCAGAAUUUCGAGAACAGUUGCGGCGGUCGGAAACUCACACCCUUAUGCUAUCGGAGAUGAAGCAGAGAUGUAAAAACUUAGAAGUAUCAAUAGAGGAGCAGAAAAAUGAGUUGCUGGCUUUGGACAAGAACUUCAAUUCAGCCAAUUUAUCUGAAAGUAUCGACGCGGAUGCACCUUUUAUGGUAAAUUCUAAAAAUAUACCAUCUCUUACUGAGUUAAAGAUCCGCAUAGCUGCUUAUGAACGAAACGAAGCGCGACUUAAUGCUCUUGCUGAAACUCUUCACCAUCGCAAUGCUAAUAUCAAAUCAAAAUGCCGUCGAGUAGUAUCUUUAUGUACUGGUGUUGAAGAAACCAAGGUUGACUCUUUACUUGAAAGUUUAUUACAAGCGGUAGAGAGUGAUGGCCAGCAAGGAGAGGUGGAUAUGGGCCGCGUUGCAGGGUUCCUACGGGUUGUGAAGGAGCAUCAAGUUUGA